AUGUCAGCCUUUCAACACCGCCUACGAAUACUCGGAACGCUAGUCCUCGGUCUUCUCGCCACCACACAAGCACAAGACAGCAAGAGAGGGUUUGCGUUCAUAGGUGACAGCCAUGCACCAGACAACAAGCUCUUAUCUUCAGACAACAGCCCACUCGCUUGGUACUACAACUGGAGUCCCUAUCCAAACACCAAUUUGAUUCCCACUGGCUCUCUCGAAUUCGUUCCCAUGAUCCAUGGGAUGGACGCUACACAGGACGGGAGAACAGAAAGUGCUAUCAGAGGCCUCGACAAGUCGAAUACGCACCUGCUUUCCUUCAACGAACCAGACGGCACAACAGGCAGUGGUGGAUCUAGCAUUAGUCCAGAAGACGCAGCGAGAGCAUACAUCGACUAUGUCGUGCCCUUCAGGAAUGGCUCCAAAGGUGGACGAAAUUGGAAGAUCAGCCAUCCCUCAACGACCGGUUCACCUAGUGGUUUGGAGUGGCUCAGGUCUUUCAACUCAUCCUGCUAUGACAUUGACCCCGAAAACGGUUGUCCAACAGAUUUCGUCGCAGUCACCGAAUUGGGCCUGCCCCAAGAGUCCGCCGACGCCACAGUUGGUAUGAUGAACCAAACACUGCCCUACCUCGAUAGCCUGGAUUAUGUCGAGCGAUAUGCAUGGUUUGGUGCAUUCAGGACCGAUGAUGCUAACGAGUGGACUGGCGAUGGCGUCGCGCUGUUUGACGACGAUGGCGGACUCACAGAGCUUGGCGCCCUGUACAUGGGUAACGGCUUUAAGGAAGGCCAGAAAGGUGGAGGCGCAGAUUCAGCAGCGGGUAUGCGCCGUGUGAACCUAGCACCAGUCGUUGCAGGCUUGGUGGCCGUGCUCAUGAGCACCUUGUGA